AUGUGUGACACCGCCACCCAAUCCGAGAAGCACACUGGCAAUUUGUUGUCGGCGCCAGUCUUCCCAGGCCCAGACAACAGCAUCGACGCGGAAGCUGCGCGUCACUAUGUCAUCGACCCCGCGGCCGAGGCGAGACUGGUCCGCAAGCAGGACCUGCGAGUGCUCCCGAUGGUCUUCCUCAUGUACUUCUUCACUUUCCUCGACCGAACGAACCUCGGAAACGCAAAAGUAGCAGGCAUAGAAGCCGACCUAGGGCUGGGAGCAUAUGGCUUCAACGUCGGCGCCUGCCUCUACUAUGGCAUCUAUUUCUUCGCCGAUAUUCCCGCGUCGUUGAGCGUCAAGAAGUUUGGGUUCAUCAUGCUGCCCAUCAGUUGCAUUGCCUUUGGCAUCGUCACUCUCUGCACCGCUUUCAUCCAUAACGAAGGCAGCUUCUACGCAAUUCGGCUGCUUCUCGGGCUCAGCGAAUCUUUCCAGUUCCCAGGACUUAGCUAUGUGAUUUCUCGUUUCUAUCGCCGCAGCGAGGUGACGACUCGGGUGUCUUUCUUCAUGCUCGCCGCUGCAGGCUUGUCGAGUGCUUUUGGUGGUCUUCUCGCUUCGGGGCUGCUAUCCCUCGGAAGCAUUGGGUCCGUCUCUUCGUGGAGGAACAUCUUCUUGGUUGAGGGGCACGUAUUCUCCUUUCUUUAG